CCAAAAGAAGAGCAGGAAUGAGGAGAAGGAGACAGCAGCAAAAUAGCUCAGUUGUUCCUAAGAAAGAUUAACAUAUAGCUCACUGUUGGAUUCAUUGUUUAUACUAGAAGUCAAACGCCCAGAGUCAGACGUCAUUUCUCGUUUAUACGUAUAGUAAGGUUUGAAAGUACGCAGCCUCAGAAGCCAAAUUUUAUGUGUGAAGUGCUAACUGUUAGCUGACAGGCUACCUAGCAUAGCCAUUGAAGCAAUGGCGUUGAAAAGAAUUCAGAAGGAACUGUCAGACCUGCAGAGGGACCCUCCUGCCCAGUGCUCUGCUGGACCAGUUGGAGAUGAUUUGUUUCAUUGGCAGGCAACAAUAAUGGGUCCAAGUGACAGUCCAUAUCAGAGUGGAGUGUUUUUCCUCACCAUUCACUUUCCAACAGAUUACCCUUUUAAACCACCAAAAGUUGCAUUCACAACAAAAAUUUACCACCCAAAUAUCAACAGCAAUGGAAGUAUUUGUCUGGACAUUCUGAGGUCACAAUGGUCACCUGCACUUACAGUAUCAAAAGUAUUAUUGUCCAUCUGCUCUCUUCUGUGCGAUCCAAACCCAGAUGAUCCACUGGUACCAGAGAUUGCCCAUACAUACAAGGCUGAUAGGGAAAAGUACAACAAACUAGCAAGAGAGUGGACACAGAAGUAUGCAAUGUGAGAACACCAGGGAGCUCAAAACCCAAACGAGAACAAACGAAACACAGAUGAUUUGUAACUUGAGGCAAAUGAGCAACAGAGAAGGAGGCGGUACUAUGAGGUACAGUGCCACUUGGCUUUGUGUGUGCUGAGCUGCUACAGUGUGCUCUCCUUCGUGACUUGUAUGGAUCUGCUGAGCAGGACCUAUUGGACUCCUUAAAGCGCUCCCACAUGGAAUACUGGAAAACUCUUUACUACCACCAUACUCAGACUUUAAACUGUUACUCCUGCUAUUAUGAUGGUCAUAAUGAUUGUUAGUUUUCAUAAGCAUCAUUUUUACCAUUAUUGAGUCAUAUCAUCAUGCUACUCAGAAACAAAAUGUUUGAUUUACGAGAUUAGCUCUCUCUUCAUUUCAGCGGUUCUGUCUGCACCCCACUGGAUGUCUUGUUAUUACUGUAUUUCAUGUUUCUGGUGGCCUUUCUGUGUUAUGUUUAUGUGCAAUUUAGACAGAAUGUUUCCUGUUGAACACACAUGUGUGCAGUGCCAUUACCAGCAGCUGAUCUGUUGGCACGUAACUGUCUCUACCCUGAAUCAAUGUGAAAGGUAAUAAGAAGGAUUCGUCUCUAUCAUCCGCUUUGUUUGUAAUUGUAACAGUAUUUAGUCAUUUUUGAAAACACUGGAGAGCUGCUGUUUGUAAGUAGCAGGUAGGUUAAUGACCACCUCCCAUUUUUCUCACACAUGCUGUCAUUGUUCUUACAUCCUGGAUGAUGAGCGAGGGCUGGUGUCCAUACUACUCAAAAACUCUUCUGUUUGACAUGUUAUGCUGUGUAUCUAUGAACAUGGCUACUCUUUGGCAUAUAGCUAUAGCUGUGUGCCUCUUCCUCAGUACAGUUACUCAGGUAUCUAACAACAUUACCAGCCUUUUACAUGCAGUGACCCAUGGUGAGAAAAAUGAUCAGGGCCUACAUUGUCUAACUUCUAAAAAUAGCACUUACCUCCUUUUGCUGUUUUGUUCACAUAACAACCCAACACUUACUGCAGCGCGAUCAAAGACAGGCCACUGUGGGUCUGUGCUGCACAUAAAUAUAUGCUGUCCAAGAAGUACUGUCAUUCUCACUCUUUCUCUCCACUUUUCACCAUGAUUUCAGUGUUUUUAAAACGAUUGGAUGUGAACAGCUUUCAAAUGAUGCUGUUGAACAUACACAUGCUACUGUUUGUUUUGGUUUUUUUUUCUCUUAAAUGUUUUUUGGAUGUUCCUUGUUCUAAAAAAUGUUUUGCAGAUCCUAGUCAAGUAAAGUCAUGUAUGUUUAGUUACUUUAGGUGAAUAAUACAGUAACUUAACAUGACAGUUUGAUCUGCUUUAAAUAUCAGGAUUUAAUUAUGUUCAUUUUUAUGAUUGGGUCUGAAUUUUUUUUUUCUUUUGUUUUGGCAUUAAUGAUCAACAUUGACAGUAAAAGCUUUUUUCUGGGUGAAACAUUUGUGGUUUUUUGUAUCUUUGAAAGUUUUAAUUUUAGUUUGUUUUUGUUUUGGGGGUUUUUUGCAUUUGUGUCAUGAAAAUUGAACAUGAUUGUGAUGUGUCAUAAUGUAAUAGUUUUAAGAUAAUCCGUUGUGACUGUUGGACAAAGUAGUUAGGAAAAGUUGUGUCAAAAAUCACAAUUCAGUGUGCUAAUGCUGCCAAUAUAAAGGGAUUUAUUGGAUAUUUAGAGCAAGAUUUUUUUGUUUUUGUUUUUAAGGCAUUAUUGAAUAGAUUCAUCCAGAAAGGUAAAUAGCUAAGCAUGAUUAUUUAAGAAGCUUUGGUUGUAGAAUUAACAUCACGGUUUAGGCGCUGAAUAUAGAUUUUUAAUAUUGUUAGCUAAUGUAGAGGAAAAAAAAAAAUGUCAAAAACAAGUUGUCCUGAAAGUAUACUGUGUAUACUAAAAUGUUUUGAAAAUAUACCCACUGAAUGCAGUCAAAAUAUUUUCGCUCCGACACCUCAGCUGUAAUAUUACAAGUUCAGUCCUUGUGUGCGUUGUUGUUUGUUCAUCUGGCUAUUUAUUUAUUAGAAAGCUGAGUAUCUUCCAGCUCUUCAAUAUGCAGCCUCAGUUCAUAAUGUGAGUAAUCCUACAUUGAUUUCCCUUAAUCUGGUGUGUUCAGUUUCAUAUAGGCAGCUUGGCAUGCUUUGCACUCUGGAGAUCCUUCUCAGCCAUUUUGCAGAAUAUCAGGGAUUUCGUUAAAUUUCAUCUGCCUAACACCUCUGACUAAAAGUUUAGCCUUAACCCUCAUUUUGUAUAUAUAGAUAACGUGUCAUAUAAAGUGUAAAUUUGCUAUCAGGGCUGUAUUCCCAAAAUGGGUGAUUCAUUACAUCAGUAGACCUGGAAACCUGCUUGAAGAGUUCACAAUAUUUUAUUUAAAAAGGAAAAAAAAAAAAAAAAAUCAGCUUGGCUUUUUCCGAA